AUGGCUGCAGGUCCGAUCCCUGUGCGUAACCUGGAUGCCACCUUAUACGUGCGGCACUUGGAUGAGAAGGUUAGCGAACCAUUGCUGUGGGAACUGUUUCUCCAGGCAGGGCCAGUAGUCAGCACCCACAUCCCAAAGGAUAAAGUCACUGGCCAGCACCAAGGCUAUGGCUUUGUGGAAUUCCUGAGUGAGGAAGAUGCUGACUAUGCCAUUAAGAUCAUGAACAUGAUCAAACUCUAUGGGAAACCAAUACAAGUGAACAAGGCAUCAGUUCACAACAAAAACCUGGAUGUGGGGGCCAAGAUUUUCAUUGGAAACCUGGACCCAGAGAUUGAUGAGAAGCUGCUGUAUGAUACCUUCAGCGCCUUUGGGGUCAUCUUACAAACCCCCAAGAUUAUGCAGAACCGUGACACAGGCAACUACAAGGGUCAUGCCUUUAUUAAUUUUGCUUCGUUUGAUGCUUCGGAUGCAGCAAUUGAGGCCAUGAAUGGGCAGUACCUCUGUAACCGCCCUAUCACUGUGUCUUAUGCUUUUAAGAAGGACUCCAAAGGUGAGCGCCAUGGAUCAAUAGCUGAACGACUUCUGGCAGCUCAGAACCCACUCCGCCCUCAUCAGCUGUUUGCAGAUGCACCUCCUCCACCUUCUGCCCCCAAUCCUGUGGUAUCAUCAUUGGGGUCUGGGCAUCCUCCAUCAGGCAAGUCUCCUCCUGGCUCCUUCCCAUCCCCAGUGCCACCUCCUGGAGCCCUCCCACCUGGGAUACCCCCAGCCAUGCCCCCACGACCUAUGCCUCCUGGGGCUGGAGGACAUGGCCCCCCAUCAGCAGAAACCCCAGGGGUGGGACAUCCUGGUCAUGGACACUCACAUCCUCACCCAUUUCCACCAGGUAGGAUGCCCCAUCCAGGGAUGUCUCAGAUGCAGCUGGCACACCAUGGUCCUCAUGACUUAGGACACCCCCAUGCAGGGCCCCCAGGCUCUGGGGGACAACCACGGCCUAGACCACCACUGGGAAUGCCUCAUCCUGGACCUCCUCCAAUGGGCAUACCCCCCCAAGGGCCUCCAUUUGGAUCUCCCAUGGGUCAUCCAGGUCCUAUGCCUCCUCACAGUAUGCGUGGACCUCCUCCACUGAUGCCCCCUCAUGGAUACACUGGCCCUCCACGACCCCCACCCUAUGGCUACCAGCGGGGACCCCUCCCUCCACCCAGACCAACUCCCCUGCCCCCAGUUCCCCCUUGUGGCCCUCUUCGGGGCCCUCUCCCUCAGUAA